UUAUACCCAUCAUCCCCCGCUGCAAGCUACUUCGCACCAGUCAAGAUGGCGGACAGACCAGUUCCCGUGAUCGAGAAGCGGCUGAUGGACGUGAAACUGGGUGAGCUGGGAUCCUGGCUUGGAGGUCGAGACUUCACUCCCAAUGGCCUCAUCUCAGCCGUCCGCAGAGGCCACGACAGAUACUACAACAAGUACAUUAACGUGAAGAAGGGAGGCAUCGGUGGUGUAGCUAUGCUGCUGGUUGGCUAUAUGGCCAUGAGCUACCUGUGGGAGUACGACCACAUCAAACAUGACCGCUGGAGGAAGUACCACUGAGCCCCUUCAGCCUUCAGGGGUUGAGCUCCAACUGCUCUUUCUACUCUCAGCUCUGUGUUCAAUAUGUGACUGUUUUGACCAAUAAACAAUACUAAGAUUUAUUGUUGGA